AUGGCCGUGCCGCGGAGGAUACUGCGGCUCGCUCCUCUCACCACCCUCGUCGUCUUGGUCAUACUCGUCCUGUACCUGACCUCGUCCGACUCCCCGGCACGCUCCCUCGCCCGGUCCCGGUUUCCGCUGGCUUCGCAUUCGCGGCCGUCCUCGGCUCGCAUCCGCAAGAAGGCCAAGAUCUCCUCGGUCAUCGAUUGGACCACGGUCCGCCAGUUCCACCCUCCGGCCUCCAUCAAACCUCUGCCGACGGGGGCGCCGAAAGCGUUCCCGCCGGUCCAGGCCCCGUCGAGCGCCUUUCACGCCUCGCCCGAGGCCGAUCGACGCAGGACGGCGGUUCGGCACGUGUUCAAGCGCAGCUACGACGCCUACAAGAAGCAUGCCUGGCUGAGCGACGAGCUCAUGCCCGUCUCGGGCGGCCGCAAGGAUCCCUUUGGCGGCUGGGCCGCGACGCUCGUCGAUUCCCUCGACACCCUGUGGAUCAUGGGCUUCAAGGACGAGUUCGCCGAGGCCACCGACGCCGUCUGCGCCAUCGACUGGGCCAACACGCAGGCCGGCGCCGCGAACCUCUUCGAGACGACGAUCCGCCACCUCGGCGGCCUCCUCGCCGCCCACGACCUCAGCGGCGACGCCGACCUCCUCGACAAGGCCCACGAGCUCGGCGAGAUGCUCUACCACGCCUUCGACACCCCCAACCGGCUGCCCGGCUUCUGGCUCAACUUCCAGGAGGCGCGCGACGGCCAGCAGGUGGCCGGCAUCAACGACGCCUCGGCCGCCCCGGCCUCGCUCUCGCUCGAGUUCACCCGCCUGUCCCAGCUGACGGGCGAUGCCAAGUUCUACGACGCCAUCGACCGCGUCACCCGCUUCCUCGAGCGCAUCCAAAACGACACGCUCCUUCCCGGCAUGUGGCCCAUCCAGCUCGACUUCAGGAACGAGCUGGCCCGGGACAGCCGCUUCACCCUCGGCGCCCUCGCCGACUCCCUCUACGAGUACCUCCCCAAGAUGCACAUACUCCUCGGCGGCCUCGACGACACCUACGAGCGCCUGUACCGGCUCGCCAUCGAGGCCGUCGUGGAGAAGCUGCUCUUCCGCCCCAUGCUCCCCGACCAGAAGGACGUCCUCUUCACCGGCGACUGGCACGCCAACAUGGACCAUCCGUUCAUCCCCGAGAGCCAGCACCUCACCUGCUUCGUCGGCGGCAUGUUCGCCCUCGGCGGCCGCGUCUUCUCCCUCGACGAGCACGUCUCCAUCGGCGAGCGCCUCGCCCGCGGCUGCGCCUGGGCCUACGGCAGCUUCCCCACCGGCGUCAUGCCCGAAAUCUUCAACCUCAUCCCCUGCGCGGCGACGCGCGAGCCCUGCGAGUGGGACGAGGAGCACUGGCUCGCCCACGGAAACAAAAACCUCGCCAAGGGCUUCUCCAACGCCCGCGACGCGCGCUACCAGCUGCGGCCCGAGGCCAUCGAGAGCCUCUUCAUCCUCUACCGCGUCACCGGCAAGACGGAGCUGCAGGACAUUGCCUGGACCAUGUUCGAGAGCAUCGUCCGCUCCACCGAGACUCCGCUGGCCUACUCCUCCAUCUCCGACGUCACCGAGAAGGGCAACACGACAAAAUUGAAUUCCAUGGAGGCAAGUCACGUCCCGCUUCGCGUCCCCCGUCGACACCGGCGACUGACCCAAUCUCCGCAGAGCUUUUGGAUGGCCGAGACGCUCAAGUACUUUUAUCUCAUCUUCUCGCCGCCCGACGUGAUAAGCUUGGAUGAAUACGUGCUCAACACCGAGGCGCACCCCUUGCGACGGCCGACCGGCGCGGCCAAGUGA